AUGUAUCCUCUUCGAAAUCAUCAAAUUCUCUAUUCAUUCUAUACCAAUGUGGAUGAAAUCAACAUUAUUCAAUUCCUAGCAGCGAACAAAUAUACAUGCCCAAAAGUGGGCGAGAACGAGAAGGGCGAGGGAGAGAUAAACGACAGUGAUUAUCGAAAGUUCGAAUUCGAGAGAGGCUAUCCAGAACCAGGAAUUGGAAUCAGAUAUUAUCCGAGGAGUUCAAUCGCGGUAAUGAAGGGGUCUCAAGGAGAUGGUGGUGAUAGACAAGAAAGUUGUUUGAUCGGAUAUUGA